GAGCUUGACGUUGGAGCCACCAGCUCAGAUACCGAUCAGCAAUUGGCAGGUCAGCCGAGCACGGACGCUCUUGAACGGUGGGAUGAAUCGUUUCCGUCCCGGUUGCAUUGCAAAAGACUGCCGCUGACAGUUUGUCACUUUUAAAAAGCGAAACAUGCCUCAUUAGCCUUCGCUGCUUUAGUGACAGCGUGAAGUUUGCUGAGUGAAGUGUUCUGGUGCGGGACGAGGCCAGUCCAGUGCUGGAAGUGUUCAUGUUGGGACCUCGGCUUCAGUUUCAGCUGGCGGCAGCAUCGCGAGUCCAGGCUGAACGUGCAGGAUGAGACCGGGGCGACAGGCGCGCGACUCGGGCAUCACGUUCAGGUUUGUGCCGGUGGCGUGAUUCAGACAACCCCACCAUGGAGGAGAAGUUCAGCAGACUCAUUUUCAUCCCCAUUGCUGCGGUCAUUUUCCUAAUGAUCGGCUACCAGUAUGUGUGCCCGGCGGACAGCAACACCUGCCGCUUCAGGAGUGACGAGAAGGGGCUCGUCCAGCAGCGCUUGCCGGCGUUCGACUCGCUUUACUCGGAGCCGGAGGCGGACGAGGACUUCCCGGCCAAAAUCACAUCCAAGUUCAACUUCACGGAGCGGGACCUGGACAGGCACGUCGACUUCAACAUCCGAGGGGAUGAUGUGAUGGUGUUCCUGCACAUCCAAAAGACCGGCGGGACGACUUUCGGUAGGCACCUGGUGAAAAACAUCCAGCUGGAGCAGCCGUGCGACUGCAUGCCUGGCCAGAGGAAGUGCACCUGCCACCGGCCAGGCAAAGCCGAGUCGUGGCUCUUCUCCCGGUUCUCCACGGGCUGGAGCUGCGGCUUGCACGCCGACUGGACGGAGCUGACGAGCUGCGUGCCGGUUGUGAUGAACAAGAAGGACAAGAAGAAUGUCCAGAAGAACAAAAAGAAUUUCUACUACAUCACUAUGCUACGUGAUCCUGUGUCACGCUACCUCAGUGAGUGGAAGCACGUACAGCGUGGGGCUACUUGGAAAACAGCCCUCCACAUGUGUGAUGGCCGCCCUCCCACUCAGGAUGAGCUUCCCGCUUGCUACAGCGGGGAAGACUGGACUGGUGUGCCGCUCACAGACUUUAUGAACUGUCCCUCGAAUUUGGCCAACAACCGUCAAGUGCGCAUGCUGGCUGACCUGAGUUUGGUGGGGUGCUACAACAUGUCCUCCAUGAGUGAGCUGGAGCGAGGCAGCGUGCURCUCGCCAGCGCUAAGGCAAACCUGCGCAACAUGGCCUUCUUUGGCUUGACGGAGUUCCAGCGGAAGACGCAGUACCUGUUCGAGAGAACUUUCGGGCUGCACUUCAUCCRGGCCUUCACCCAGAUCAACAGCACGCGCGCUGCCAGCGUGGGGAUAAGUGAAAAGGUGCGGUGGCGCAUUGAGGGGCUCAACGCCUUGGACGUAGAGCUGUACGAGUACGCCAAGGAGCUGUUCCUGCGGCGUUACCAGGAUGACCGACAGAGGCAUCACCAGGAAGAGCGGCUCAGGAGGCGGCAGGAGAGGCAACAGAGGCAGCGGCUGCACAGGAACUAUCUGGUUGAGUUGCUAAGACUGGGAGGUGGAGAAGURGAGGAAGAGGAAGAAGAAGAGGAGGUGAAAGUGCUAGAAGAGGUAGUCACCACCGAGGAUUACAGUAGCCAGGUGGUGCGAUGGUGAGGAGCCAGAACAUCACAGCACUGACUGACUGCGGAUGAAUUUCAUCGUUUCCUGUGACUCAGCCGGGACCUCUCACCCUUCACAGGCUUAUAGCGUCAGACUGCCGAAAGGUGUCUUAAUAUUUACGAUGGAUGUAUUUGCUAUAGCAACAUGAACAUUUUGUAUUUAUUUAUUUUUUUUUCUUAUGGCUAAAUUUUGGCACUGCAAUUGUGGAAAAUGUGUUUAUUUAUUCAGUUGCAAGUGCUUUGAAUGUUCUCCAGGUGGUGAAAAUAUUCCUCAUGUUGCGCAAUAAAAGAAAAAAUACAAGAAUAUGAAAAUAUGUAUAAUAUAAGAGAGGCCUAUUUAUUAUUACAUUUCCUAAAUGAUGACUGGGUCCUUGAUGUCCUGUUUGUUAUUUAGCUCUAUGUUGAAAUCUUGUGACUCUGUGGUGUUUGGCUUUAUAAGAGUAUCAAAGCACAAACUUGGCAAACUGCAGUGUGUUUUCUUCUUUCUGACUGCACUGAUGAAACAAACUGUUACAAAUGAACCAAUAAAAUUGGUGUAACAAGUUGAUUACA